AUGAGUUCCAAAGACACAGAGAUUAACCAUUUGCCUCUUUUACAAAGUAUUUCUGGCCACAAACUGUAUAAAAGAAGAUGGGUUAUUCUAACGUUAUAUAUUUUAUACGCCGCCAUUAACGCUUUCCAAUGGUUCGAAUACGCUAUUGUAGCUAAUGUCAUUAUGAAAUUCCAUGGAGUCAGUUCUGUUUCUGCGGAUAGGACAUCAAUAAUAUAUACGGCUUUGUACAUGCCUAUGGUAUUUAUUUUAGCUCUUCCUCUACGAAUUGCAGCUACUUGGUUGAAGCUAAAGAGCAUGUGCUUUGGGGGAUUUGGAACGCAAUUGGUGCAAGCUGUGGGUUUUAUAAUUCCUCCAAUGGUUGUAAAAAAUACUGACAACUUGGAACAAAUUUCUGAUGACUUAGGAGUAUUGAUUGAGAGUUUGGCGGCUUUUACUUCCGUUGUUACCAUAAUUAUUCUGGUUUGUAUUGAUACACAAGGAAGAGAAAGUAGUUUUUUGAAAUCUCUAAAAAGACCUCUCAGCGAUAGAAGUUUCGGUUUUCACGCAGUUGCAUAUGGGAUUAGUAUUGCGGUGUUUGUUUCAAUAUCUACUUUACUGAAUCAAUUUAUGUUGUUCUACUUCGCAGGGUCUGAAGAAGAUGCUGGCCGGAUAGGGUUGAUCAUGGUAGUUUUAGGGAUGGCAGGAGCUAUUGUUUUUGGUCAUGUUUUAGAUAAAACUCAUUCCUAUAGGAGGGACUGUGGCGUCGUAUGCGACUUCAUACGAUUAACUUUAACGCAUGUUUACACUCACAACACUAAAAUAAGAAGUGGACCAAAACACCCCUCUACAAUCUACCUGCGCAACGGUCCAAAUCUCUAA